UUUCGAGCCGGGAGGGGCAAUAUAACCGAAGCCCAAAGACGCCACGUUAUUCGCUGGUUUGGGAAUGGGCCGCCUUUAUCUGGCCUGAGAGAAGGGGAAUUGUUGGUUGGUGCUUAUAUUUAUUGGCGGUGAGGAGUCGGAGAUAUUUAGGCGGUGUCUCCUAUGUGGAGUGGCCUAUCGGAAGGGCAUGGCUCCAUGGCUUAGCGAGUGGCAGGAAGGGGAAGGAAGGGGAGUGGUGAGAGAAGUGAGGGAAUGGCUUUAGUUGUGUCACGGGAAGUCAUAUAUGGUGAGUUGCUGGUUUGGCAUUUGUGGGUGCCUUUCCCUUUGGAAUUACAAUGGAUUUGGAAGAUGGGGUUCAAGGUUAGUGUUAUGAAGAAGGCAGCCGCGGGGUCGGUGGCUGCUGUUACAGUGUUGGUGCUUGCGCUCUUUUCGGUGCAGAGACCUUGCGAGUGGAAAGGUUUCCUGGGUGGCGUGAGGAAGGAGGACUUUGCGUGUAAGGCUGGAACAUACACCACGGAGAUUAUAUCGAUCGAUCCGCAGCUUAUUUACAUCAAUAAUUUUUUCGAUGUCGGCGAAAUAUAGGGUUUAAUUGCCGAAGGGUUUGUGUUCUCUCCUUCCUCUCCUCUCGUUCAAUGCACCCUCUCCCGCGCCCAGUCCUUCAUGGGCUCCUUCAUCCCUCCCGACGGCGACUUCGGC